AUGGCGGGAUUAGUGACAUCCCCUACAUCGAUCCACCCUGCCCUCAGUCAUCCGACCGCUGGCGGGGAAACUUCCAUGUCCGAUGGGAACAUUGAUAAUCAAUCGUCAUCCACUUCAGGAUGUCCGCCCAGAUUCUCCCAGUCACCCUCCACAACCACCACUACUGCUGUGCAAACACUAUUGCCCUUCCCGCUUGAUCCGCCUCAACAUUUCAGCGAUGCCGAGCGGGACGGCGUCCUGCCAGAGCAUUCUGCUUUAGGCGUGACAAGCACCAGCUCUAUUAUAGACAACAAAGUGCCCAUUGCUAUGCGCGGUCACCACAAGAGUGCGCUUUCAAUUGAGUCCAUCCCCCGCCAGACUAUUAUGAAAGCUUUGGCCUCAGUUUCUCGCAACAAUAAACCUGAAGCACUCUCUCUACCCGCCAUGUUAUCCGCACAAUCCAACGCCGAGGGCCGACCCUCGUCGUCCUCGUCACAACGUCUUGCGGAUGCGUUGAAUGAACUCGCCAACCGGAACACACCCACCACGGCCUUGCCCGCUUUGCAGUCUCCCUGUUUCUAUCACCAACGGUUUGACGAUGCGGUCGACAUUGAUAAAGUCCUUGAGGAAAUCAAGAACGAUGACUGGAUGUCGCAUUCUCGUCUUGUGCAGACGGCUACCGGUGUGCGCGAGGUCUCGAAGCAGCUCCAGCGUAGGCCUAUCCGCAGAGCUGUGCGCAACAUCAUGAUCGUCACCAAAGCUCGCGACAAUGAGUUGGUCUUUCUCACGAGAGAACUGACAAUGUGGCUGCUACGAACGCCGCGCUACGGAUCUGACGUGGGGAUAAAUGUUUAUGUGGACGCGAAACUUCGGAACUCUAAGCGGUUUGGUGCUGCUAGCAUCGUUGAAGAUGACCCACGCUUUAACUCCAUGCUACGCUACUGGUCGCCAGAUCUCUGCUGGACUCAGCCGGAGAAAUUCGACUUGGUACUUACCCUUGGUGGUGAUGGCACCGUUCUUUUCACCUCCUGGCUAUUCCAGAGAAUCGUGCCACCAGUGCUAUCCUUCAGUCUGGGCAGUCUUGGCUUUUUGACUAGUUUCGAGUUCGAGAAGUAUAAGCAGCACCUCAACCGCAUCAUGGGUGAUGAAGGCAUGCGUGUAAAUCUUCGUAUGCGAUUCACUUGCACCGUGUACAGAAAUGGUGCAUCCGGCAACGAAAUAGAGGAGGGGGAGCAAUUUGAGGUCCUCAAUGAGGUUUUGAUUGACCGUGGCCCAUCCCCCUACGUCUCGAACCUGGAACUUUAUGGCGAUAACGAGCUGUUGACAGUCGUCCAAGCAGAUGGUUGCAUCUUUUCUACGCCUACCGGUUCAACGGCGUACUCAUUGUCUGCCGGUGGUUCUCUGGUGCACCCCGAUCUUCCCGCCAUUCUGCUUACGCCUAUCUGCCCACAUACCCUAUCCUUCCGCCCCAUGGUUCUCAGUGACACGAUGGCACUGCGCGUAGCGGUUCCUCGCAACUCACGUGCAACAGCGUACUGCGCAUUUGAUGGCAAAGGUCGCGUAGAGCUCAAGCACGGUGACUAUGUCACCAUCACCGCCUCGCAAUACCCUUUCCCGACAGUCAUGCGUACGGGUACGGAGUGGUUCGAUAGCGUGUCGCGGACACUGCAGUGGAACACCCGCGCCGCGACUCAGAAGGGGUUUGAAAGUAAGAGAGAUGGAGAAAGUCAUGACGCUGCCAAGGAUGAGGAAGAGCCUGAGUGGGACAUUGACACAGACUCAGCUUGCUAUGCUUCAGAGGAGGGCAGCGUUAGUGCUAGCCCGCUCAGAAGACAAAUGAGUCUCUUGGGCAUGUAG